GUCGCCUGCGGGUCCUCCGAGUCGCGCUCCGCCGCAGCCGCAGCAAGUAAACACAGGCGGAGGAUGAAGCAAGUCUCAUGACACCUGCCUUUGCUAGCAAGCUCAGCCGAAAGUGGCUCGCGUGAAACUUUGUUUGCCUGCGGAUAUUGCAAGAAAAUCUUCCAAAGGCAAUGGCUCCUCAAAAGCUGGCAUUUAAUGAUGGAGAAGAGCCAAAACAGUGAAAGUCAAAUCAUAGAACCCUGUGGAAGCAGAGGUCAAAAGAGGCCAAAAAACACAGAGACUCAUGCCAUAAUAAAGAUUAAACAGAUGCGUCUUUGACUGUGACUGAGAUGAUUUGCCAACUUGUGCACAUCUGAUACCUUAAUCAUACAAGACCAGUAAUGUCUUUCAAUUUCAUCACUAGUAUGAUAUAGUCUCAGAUUAUUACUGAGUGUAUGUAGAAAGGAGAUCUAUGCAAAUGAAAAAUCUCAAUGCAGUGUGUGAUGGUGGGGAUAGGUUGGUAUGUGUGGCUGUUGGUGUGCUUAGCAUGGUGGGUGAUAUCAGCAGAAGCCACAGCAUCUUUCCCUGAUGACCUACUGACCAUUGCAGUACUCAUGACUCUGCAGUACUCCUUUAUGCUCCUCUUCAUCAUCUCGGCAGCACACCUUUACCACACUGUCCUCCCACACCCUGCUAAUGGUAUUGUUGGCAGUUGGUUCACCUAAGGUCAACAGUCAAGCUGUUAUAGUCUGACUUCACAACUGGAAAACUUUGGUAAAAAUACAGGUUUUUUGUGGAUGUUGGAAAGUUCAUUGCAUAGUAUGUGUUAAAGUUUAUAGUAUAAAAAAAUUCUGUUUCUCUGUCUCCUUUAAAAAAAUAAGUUCAAUCUCCCUUAAAAUGUGUUCUAAAACUAACAUGAAGCAGAAAUAACGUGUAUGUGAAUUUAUGCUGUUACAGUCACUACUUAUUUAAAGUUGUAUGUUGAAAGAGUCAACAGCAUAGAAAGUGGAGGCCAAUCUAGCAUGGUGGUGUCUAUGGCCGGGGUGCUUGUGGCCCUGGCAGUUGUAGCUGGACACGUGUGGAUUGUGUACGUCUCUGCUCCGCACCUUCUGCCUCCUGAUGCCUGGCUUAUCACGGCACUUGACCUUCUGGCUCACUGGGCUCUAGUUUGGGAAAUUACAGCAUUCUGUAGUUUCUUGAAUGAUGUAGAGAUCAAGGGAACUGGAGGCGGAUUUGUUUCAGAAUUGCGAAAUUGUUGGAUAUAAUGGCCUAGAAUCCCUUGAAGUUUAUUGCUUAUGCUAAGAAAAACAUUUAAGAAUUAUUUUUUGCCACUGUGAAUAAGGAAAAGGUGAAGCAACUUUUAAGUUUAAAACAUGUUAGAUUUGAGAAGUUUGAUGUGUUUGAAGUUUAUUCUGUUAUAGAUAAAAUGGAGAGUGCAAAUUUUGAAAAAGUUCCUAAUUCAGUUGAAGAUGCAAGGAAAAUGGAAGUGAACACAGCUUUUGCUGAGACUGAAACAAGGAGCUUUAGCUCAAGAAGACACAGUGAAAACUUUGAAGAUGUGUUAUCAAGAGCACCAAAUGAUGGAAACAAUGGCCUUACUGUGUUUAGUUCUUUAUCAACAACUCCUACAUCUGGCACAGACUAUCAGUCCUGUAGUGACCCAUCGACACCAGAGAGAAAGACUGCCCCUGAAGAAUUGGGUCCUGCUGAAGGUCAAGCCGAAGUGGCUUGCAAUGUUAAUAUGAGUGCAAAUAUUGCAAGUAAACUGAACCAAAUAAGAGCUUCUCUGGAGAAUCUGGAUUUUGUAUCUGAGUGCAGUUUUGAUGACCUUGAAGUUGCUGAAGAAGUUGCUGGUCCAACUGUUCAAGAGACUGGAUCUCCUGAAAGCUUAUCCUCAGCAAGAAGGUCAUCUUCAAAACCAUCUCUUCGACAAGUCUUUCCAUACAUUCCAUGCCUUCCAUUUGAAAAUAAUAUUGUAUUUUGUUUUGUCUUGUCUGUUUGGGAUAAUAUUGUUGGUCCCCAGACUGUAUAUGUCUGGAAAAGAAAGUCUUUUCCCAGCCAAAAAACCUUUGAUGAAAUGAUUGAUGGCAAAGAACACAUAGAGGUAGGGGAUGUUUGUAGAAACACUGUCCAGUCUGAGCUGCAAUACCAACAGAAUGAUGGCGAUACAUAUUUAGCCAAUAGUAAUCAUCAAAGAAGUGAAGAUAAGACUCGGUCUAGGAAACUGUCAGGUCAUUUGGAACAUUAUGAUAAAUCAGAUAGUGUAGAAUGGCCCGCAGUAAAUAAUAGCCACUCAGAUAACUCUGGUAAACAUACUCAAAACUCACGAGAAAGGAAAGUUUCAGGGAAUAAUCAAAGCAGACAUGCUAGUGGUGAUGGAAGUUUACACUCACCUAACACCAGUGAAGAAGAGGGUAUUGCAACAAAAGACAGAGGGAGUUUACAAGAAGCAAGAAAUGUUGAGAGAGGUGAAAAUGGAAACAACCUGAAGGGAAAACCUGGAAUGGCACAAAAUCCUUCUGGAAGUUUAGGGGAGGGUGAUGUACAAGAGUUUGGCAGCAGCUGGGUAUGUGGCCGUGGCAGGCUGCGCAUGGGAGCUGUAGUAAGAUAUGUGACAGAACACAGUGUAGGAGUAGGUCAGGUUGGCCCUCCAUCGGAGAAGAUACUGUCUUCACUGUUGGUGGUGCCUCAUCAGGGAAUUAUAAUUGUUGCAGCCAGAUUUACUGUUGCUGAAGAUGACUGUGGUGUCCCUUAUUGUUUGUCACUGGUGGUACCCCUUGAAGAGUAUGAGUACUUCCUUCCACUCACAAAUACUGUAACUACAUGGCUUAUCAAUAUAGCAGCUACCACCAGACUUCUUAUUACAAAGUAUGGGCUUGAGGGUGGAGGACGCAUAAAAAACAAGUUGGUGGAACUCUGUGACAUUUUAGUAGCUUUACGGAGUGCCAGUUUAGACCAAUAUCCCCUGACACCUGCUGGACGCCCUCCUGAUGAUCGCAGAUUAGCAGAGAUUAUCCUCACUUCACAUCUACAGACUUUAGGAUCAACACUGGUGGUUGCUGAUUCGCCUAAUGCUGCAAAUAAGGUGGUUAUGUGGAUUGCCCAGUUCUCAGACCCCAGUGAGUUGCCUGUUUCCAGGCUCUGCCUCUCCUACACACAGUGGUCCUUCCAUCCAGGGUUAUCCAUACAGGGCAUUGUUAGAUCAUCAAAUGGGGAAGUGAAUCUUUCUGCACAGAAGUUGAUCCAGUCAUCACGCCCACUGACUGUUGUAGACAUCAGCAGAGGGACUGUAAAACAGACAGGCCCACCAGACAUUCAUGCACGUCGCAAUGUUGCUGCUCUGCACCAGGAACUUCUCUCACUCUGGCAUGAGCUCCCAGACAUUUCGGCACCAUCUGAGAGUCUCUUAGAACCUGUCCGUGCAGCAGCUCCACUAGUCAAACAGUUUUUACAUGACUAUGACCGGCUCAGUUCCUGCUAUGGAGAUGUGCGACAAAACUUUAUUCGAGCAUUUUUACGAUCUCUUCAGUAUACAGCCCUUGCUAUCAUAACAUGGACACAACAUGAGUGGGCAGUACAGCGGCGCCGAUCUGGAUACGACACCUUGAAGCAAGCUUUGUGUUCAGUGUUUGACCUGGAUGAUUUGGACCUUCGAAUUGUUUUAGCACAAGCAGAACUUCUCCAGCCAGGCUUCUAUUCAUAUGCCAUGACAUAAGAACAUUAUGUGUAUGUUUUUUUGAAUAGAUGAAAGAAACUUGUUGAAUUAAUUUGUUGAAUCAUAGUUUUUAAAAGUAGUAAUUAUUUUGAUUAUGUUUAGAUAUUUUUAUAGAUUUCUUUAAUUGAUAAAGUGAACUCAAGACUUUCUUGUAGAAGUGUGACAAUACGUUCAGAAUGUAGAUUUGAUAUCUGCCAUAAGUUAAAGGUAUUAGAAUGUUCCUUAUUCAUUUGCAAUUCAAAUUAAAUUUUUUGAUUAGAAAAAGAGGAAAAUAUGACCAACAUAUCAUCAUUAUUUUAAGCAUAUUGAAUUAAGGAGAUUCAGUCCCUUCCAAAUUGUACUGGUAAAGCAUGUUUUGAGUUUAUAAAUUCAGAAUUUUGUAUUUAAUCAAAAUUUACAUCAAAGUUGAUGCAACUAUUUUACAGCUCCAAUAACUGUAUUAGAUCUAAGGUAUCAGCAGGUGCCUUACUAAUAACCACACUCACUGUGAUAUCUAGUCACUGAUCUGCCAUUGAUGGAUGUACUACGUAGACUGAACUCAUGUGGUUGUUAAAAUAUGAUGUGUUGCAGUCCUGUAGUGGUAAUUAGCAUGCAUGAUAGUGGUAGAAAGAUAAACAUCAUUAUUACAAUAUUCAAGAAUAAGUAAUUAAACUUGAGUUAUUUGUGAUAAAGUCAUAUUUAAAAUUAGAGAGAAGUUGCACUGAAUAAUUUUCAUAGCAAAAUAUACUUUGUUUGGUAUGAUACUUCCUUUUCAUAGCAAUUUUGUGGUCUUCUAUAUUUGUUCUGUAUUAUGAUUAUAGUAUAGUAAGUGUUUAUUCAUUCAGUGUGAAGUUUAUGAAAAUAAAUGGUUAGUGUAUGAAUUUACUCGUUUAUUAAGAUUAAUGUUUACAGGGUUUGAGAAAACGGUUUCAAAUAGUUAUGUUAUUAUAUACAGGAAGAAAGAUGCAUCACAUUCAUAGAUUUGUAAAUCAAAACUUUUUUGUAUACUUUCUUUUCUUGCUUGAAAGGAUGCUAGUGUUGCAUCCAUAUAGUAGAGUUGAAUAUAGGCAGAGCUUUAAAAAAUCAUAUAUAUUAGUUAUGAAGCUCUUAAGCAGAGCCUAAUAGUCAGAAUAGCUAACACUUGCAGUUUCUGUGACAAAUUCUAAUGAUACUUGUUUUGUCACAUAUUGUGCAUAUUAAAUGUUAUAUUUGUUAUAAGGAGAUGGAUUUAUAUUCAGUCCAAUAUUAGUAGAUGUAGCAUUUAUUUCAAGUUUAAAUAGAUUUUCUUAAAGAUUCUUCCUUAUCUUCAUUCAUUGAGAGUAUCCCCUUUGAAUUUAAUAGACAUUAACCCAUUACCAGGUGGUAGAUCCUGCCCUGCAUUGUUUGCAUUUUGGUAUUUGAUUUUCUCUUGGGUUGUGUUAUAGUACCACGGAUCUUUUUUACCUUUUAAUUCAUUUUCUUCUUUCUUGGUUAUUACUUUGUAUUGUAUUCCUUCCUUUUUUUUCCUGUUCCCCUUUCCUCCUCCUCCCUUCAUCCCACUCCUCUUCCUCCCUUCAUCCCACUCCUCCUCCUCCCUUCAUCCCACUCCUCUUCAUCCCACUCCUCCUCCUCCUCCCUCCUCCUCCUCCUCCUCCUCC